GACUUACAGAUGAGAUUCUACUGUCUAAAAUUCAUGUGCGGUUUGGAUAUAUCUGUUGAGCCAAUUAAAAAUUGCACCAUUCUCUGAAACCUAAAAAAAUGGUGAACUACCAUGAAUCUGUAUCAGCUCUAAUCCUCAUAGCCGCAUUAGCCUUCCUCUCAAGGCUAUUCUUCUUCAAUCGCUCCCCGCCGCGAAAGCUUCCACCGGGGCCGAAGCCAUGGCCGAUAAUCGGCAACAUCCACCUCCUCGGCUCUUCCCCGCACCGAUCUCUCCACUCCCUCUCCCAAAAACACGGCGAACUCAUGCUCAUCAAGCUAGGCUCAUCGCCAUCUCUGAUAGCCUCCUCACCCGAGAUGGCGAAACAGUUCCUGAAGGUGCACGACGCCAACUUCGCCACGAGGCCAGCCCUCGCCGCCGGUAAAUACACCGCCUACAACUACUCCGACAUGACAUGGUCGCCCUACGGCCCUUACUGGAGGCAAGCGCGUAGGAUCUUCCUCUCCCAAGUCUUCAAUCCGAAUAGGCUUGAAUUCUUUAAGCCGGUUCGGGAUGAGGAAGGCAGGGCCUUCCUCUCCCGCCUGCAUGCCCUUUCAGGCAAGCCCGUGCUGCUGAGGGAGCAUCUCUCGCGCUUCACGCUGUCCAACAUAAGUAGGAUGGUCGUCAGCAAUAAGUAUUUUAGCGAGAAGGAAGGGUCGGCUUUCGAGCUUGGUGAAUUGCAGCGCAUGCUGGAUGAGUGGUUUUUGCUGAAUGGGGUGAUCAAUGUUGGAGACUGGAUACCGUGGCUUAGCUUCCUCGACUUGCAAGGCUAUGUGAGAAGGAUGAAGGAGUUGUACAAGAAACUUGACAGGUUUAAUGAGCAUGUGAUUGAUGAUCAUCAAGCUAGAAGAUCAGGUGCUGCAGACAACAAAUUCACCCCCAAAGAUUUGGUAGAUGUGUUGUUGCUGAUGGCUGACAAACCUAAUCUUGAGGUUAAACUGACAAGAGAUAGUGUCAAAGCAUUUUUGCAGGACUUGCUAACUGGUGGCACGGACACCUCAGCUAAAACAGUCGAAUGGGCUAUCCACGAAGUAAUGAGGCACCCUCGAGUAGCUGAAAAGGCGAGAGAAGAAUUAGACCGCGUAAUUGGAAGGGAGAGAUGGGUAGAAGAGAGCGACUACUCUCAAUUACCUUACAUGGAUGCCAUAAUCACGGAGACAUGGAGGUUGCAUCCGCUAUCUCCGUUGCUACCACCCCAUUGCGCGAUUGAGGACUGCACAGUUGCAGGGUACGACAUACCCAAGGGGACACCUGUGAUCAUCAACACAUGGAGCAUAGGGCGGGAUCCAAACUCAUGGGACGCGCCUGAAGAAUUCUUGCCUGAGAGAUUUAUCGGAGAGGAUAUUGAUAUGAUGGGAAGCAACUUUUCCCUCUUGCCAUUUAGCUCUGGCAGAAGGAGAUGCCCCGGAUACAAGCUUGGUCUUAAGCUUGUCCGGACAACGCUGGCCAAUUUGUUGCAUGGUUUCGAUUUGAGGUUGGUUGAGGGCAUGAGGCCUCAAGAUGUGUGUCUUGAGGAACUAUAUGGGCUCACUGUGCAUCCUAAAGAGCCUCUUCAACUUAUCAUGGAAGCCAGACUCCCAUCCCACCUUUACUAAGUUAUGUUUCUUGCAUUUAUUGUAGCUAUUAAGCAUGAUUUAUUAUGUUCUUUUCUGUAUUCUGUUUCUUUGACCAGUACUCCUUUUUUCCCAAAUGAUGUUGAGUUAUAUUCCUUUUGGAAUGUCUCAACCGAGUUGAGUUAUUUCAUGUUUUGUGGAAAAAACAAAUAUUUAAUUACUCUUA